AAUAUGAGCCACUGGGCUAUCAACUUUAGGCUGCCCGCAUUGCACUACAAAUUGGGCAUAUUACUGUUUGAAUUUCAAAGCGACUGCGCUUUGAAUUUGCUACGCUGGUCUGCAGCCUCCGAGCAUAAUUAUUUCACUACCAAUCGCUUUUGGUUGCUGCUAACACAAGAUUUGACGCAGCUGCAGCUGCUGCAGGAUGCGGACAUUUUUAUACCACCCGACAGCGAAGUUAGAGUUUUGUUUUAUCCCGCUGCGCCGCCUUUGGCUGCCAGCUUGUUUGAUAUCUAUAAGGUAGCCGCCUGGAAGCCGCUCAAGCUACGUCUAGUCGCUCAACAUAUGCGCCAGCCACGGCAUAUGCUGCACGCUUUGCAGCAAUUUGGCUCCGCCAUUAGCUACAGACAGAAUCUGGAGGGCAUUGUGUUUAAUUCAGCCAUAGUCAUUGCCUUUCCGGAUGUGUUUACCAACAUUGAGGAUCUAACCAUGCGGCAUAUUGACACCAUAUCCAAAGUAAAUCAUCGUCUAAUGCUUGAGCUGGCCAAUCGCUUGAAUGUUAGCUACAAUACUUUUCAAACGGUCAACUAUGGCUGGCGUCAGCCGAAUGGCUCGUUUGAUGGUCUCAUGGGUCGUUUUCAGCGCUACGAACUGGACAUUGCGCAGUUGGCCAUAUUCAUGCGCCUGGAUCGCAUUGCUCUGGUCAGCUUUGUAGCCGAAACUUAUCGCGUGCGUGCGGGCAUUAUGUUCAGACAGCCGCCGCUUUCCGCUGUGGCCAACAUAUUCUCCAUGCCCUUUCAGCUGGAUGUCUGGAUAUCCAUACUCAUUCUGCUGAUUGUCACCAUUGUCGUGCUGCUGCUGGAAAUGUUCUUCUCGCCACACAACCACGAUAUGCACUAUCUGGACUCGCUGAACUUUGUGCUCGGCGCCAUGUGCCAGCAAGGAUUCUAUGUCAAUGUGCGCAAUCGCUCAGCUCGCAUUAUAGUGUUCACCACUUUUGUCUCAGCAGUGUUUCUCUUCACCUCCUUCUCAGCUAAUAUUGUGGCGCUGCUGCAGAGUCCGUCCGAUGCCAUCAGAUCGCUGGGAGAUCUUGGGCAGUCGCCGCUUGAAAUUGGCGUGCAGGAUACGCAAUACAAUAAAAUAUAUUUUACAGAGUCUACGGAUCCGGUGGAGCUGCAAGCGGGCUAUCAAAUUGUUAGCGAUACCUUUAGCGAGCCCGAAAAGUGCGGACUCAUGGAGCUGGAGCCGUUUCAACUGCCCAUGCUGGCCAUACCCACGCGCAAGAACUUUCCCUAUAAGGAACUCUUUAGGCGACAACUACGCUGGCAACGUGAGGUGAGUCUGGUGAAUCGUGAGGAGCGCAAGUGGAUACCACAGAAGCCAAAAUGUGAGAGCGGCGUAGGUGGCUUUGUUUCUAUUGGGCUAACUGAGUGUCGUUAUGCUUUUGGUAUUUUUGGCUGCGGUGCAGGCUUAAGCUUUACGCUCUUUCUCAUUGAGCUAAUUUGGAAACAUGGCAACGGCAUAUUAACGUAUUUUAAGCGGCUGCAGCAAUUCAUUUCUUUUAAUUAGCUAACUAUUUGCCAUCUAGCU